UCAGAGCUGAUUAUUUUUUCUUUGCUUGUUGUAUGGUUGUGCAAGCAUCACAGAUCUGCAAUCGAGCGGAGAGUUACUGCAGCAGAAUCAUUUGCACGGCUUUCUUUUUUAAAAAAUUAAACAAAAACUUAAAAUAAGAGGCUCGAUGUAAAUCAGGGGGAAAAAGCUUUUAAAAAAAUUCUGAGUUUUUUUUGUCGGAGAUUCUGUGGAUGCGUUUCGAUCUAACUUUGACAAAUCUUAACUUGCAAAAACAAGUUUGACAACUUCAAUUUUUUUCUUUCCCCCCCGCCCCCGUUCUCUGUGCCUGCAGACUUUUUGUGUCUGUGAACCUGGAAGAGCGAAAAAUCAUUGAUUUUUUUUGUUCACCAUUAGCAAUCACAAAAUUCCGGGGUUUUUUGUGAAAGAGAGGGGGAAAAUUGGAAAAAGAGAAUGACGGAUGAUCGCAGUGUAUCAGACGUGGCUAGCCCGAGAGGGUCUGAGAGUGACUCGGUUCUGUCCCCCAGCUCAUCCUUUGCUACGGAUGGGGAAGAGAAGUCUCAAUAUCAGGCUGGCAACGAGGAAGGGAGUGGGAAGCGAGAGAGCGAGGAAGACAAGUUUCCCCUGUGCAUCAGAGAGGCUGUGAGCCAAGUCUUGGAAGGCUACGACUGGACUCUGGUUCCCAUGCCUGUUAGAGUCAACGGAUCCUCCAAGAGCAAACCUCAUGUGAAGAGACCCAUGAAUGCCUUCAUGGUAUGGGCUCAGGCGGCACGGAGAAAGUUGGCAGACCAGUACCCACAUCUGCACAAUGCAGAACUCAGCAAAACACUAGGCAAACUCUGGAGGUUACUAAAUGAGAACGAUAAGAGGCCCUUUGUGGAAGAGGCUGAGAGACUGCGAUCCCAGCACAAGAAAGACCACCCUGACUACAAGUACCAGCCCCGCCGACGGAAGAACAUGAAACCCGGCCAAGGUGAUGCUGAUGCCCACCCAGAGGACAGCCAUAUUUCCUCUGUCCAGCCCCACUACAAGGCUGUGCCUCAAGACCGUGGACGUACAGCUGGGAAUUCUCCACUUGCAGAAGGCCACGGUGAGCACACAGGCCAGAACCACGGCCCCCCAACUCCCCCCACCACCCCAAAGACAGAGAUGCAGCCUGGAAAAGCGGAGGGGAAACGGGAGGGGCGACCGCUGGUAGAGGGAGGCAAGCCCCACAUCGAUUUCGGCAACAUGGACAUCGGGGACCUCAGCCACGACGUUAUGUCCAACAUGGAGACCUUCGAUGUCCAUGAAUUCGACCAGUACCUGCCGCCUAACGGGCAUCCCAGCCACGGGCAAGCCCUGGGCGCCGGGGCAUACGGUGGAAACUACGGGCUCGGAGGGGCGCUGGCCGGUGGACAUUCCGCCUGGAUCUCCAAGCAACACGCUGGCGGCUCGGCUCCGUCGGGCCCGGCCGCCGCCUCGGCCGAAUCCAAGACCCAGAUCAAGACUGAGCAGUCCCACCCGAGCCACUACUCGGAGCAGCAGCACUCCUCGGCACAGAUCACUUACACCUCCCUCAGCCUCCCUCACUACGGCACGGCCUUCCCCAGCAUCACCAGGUCCCAGUUCGAGUACCCCGAGCACCAGGCCACCGGGCCUUACUACAGCCCGUCCGCCCAGACCUCCGGACUCUACACCGCCUUCUCCUACAUGGGCGCCUCGCAGCGCCCGCUCUACACGUCCAUCAGCGACCCGCAGUCGGUGCCCCAGUCCCGCAGCCCCACCCAUUGGGAGCAGCCCGUCUACACGACGCUCACACGCCCAUAAUCACCACCACCACCACCCCUUUAUUUUCCUCCUCCUACCAUAGGCCGCCCGCCUUUUUUCCGCAACCGAAGGAGAAAUAAAAAUUCAAAAUACCACAACUUGCGACUUUUUAAAACAAAAUAUAACACGUACGGUUCCGAAGAUUGAUGCCCGCGGACGAGCGGCUCGCAAUACUCCCCGACGGAGCCGUGGUUUUCCCGCCUAGGGACAAGAGGGACGAGGCCAAGCCGGCGCCAUUUCGUGAUCCUCGACGGCUGAGGGGAGACGUUGGUUUCCGCGCCCCCGCCAACGGUCAACCUUACCCCCCCCCCGUUCAAAAUAAAGGACAAGAUUCCCCCCCCCCCCCUUCUUUCCCUCCCUUU